CAGCCCUUGAGUCCACCAUGAACUGGAGCAUCUUUGAGGGGCUCCUGAGUGGGGUCAACAAGUACUCCACAGCCUUUGGUCGCAUCUGGCUGUCUCUGGUCUUUGUCUUCCGUGUGCUGGUGUACCUGGUGACAGCCGAGCGUGUGUGGGGUGAUGACCAGAAGGACUUUGACUGCAACACUAGGCAACCCGGCUGUACCAACGUCUGCUAUGAUGAGUUCUUCCCUGUGUCCCACGUGCGCCUCUGGGCCCUGCAGCUCAUCCUGGUCACAUGCCCCUCCUUGCUUGUCGUCAUGCAUGUGGCCUAUCGAAAGGCUCGAGAGAAGAAGUACCAGCAAGAAGUUGGCAAAGGGUACCUCUACCCAAACCCCGGCAAGAAGCGAGGCGGACUCUGGUGGACAUACGUCUGCAGCCUGUUGUUCAAGGCCACCAUAGAUAUUAUCUUCCUCUACCUUUUCCAUGCAUUCUACCCCAGAUAUACCCUCCCGUCUAUGGUCAAGUGCCAUUCGGCACCAUGUCCCAACACAGUGGACUGCUUCAUCGCCAAGCCCUCAGAGAAGAACAUCUUCAUUGUCUUCAUGUUGGUCACGGCCAUCGUCUGCAUCCUGCUUAACCUUGUGGAGCUGCUCUACUUGGUGAUCAAGCGGUGUUCUGAGUGUGCACCAGCGAAGAGACCGCCCACUGCACACGCAAAGAAUGACCCAAACUGGGCCAACCCUUCCAGCAAAGAGAAGGACCUCCUCUCAAGCGACCUCAUCUUUCUGGGCUCGGACACUCACCCACCUCUGUUACCUGAUCGCCCUCGAGCUCACGUGAAGAAAACCAUUCUGUGAAGGGUCCAUAGACUGGACUGGCGGGGUGGGCAUGAACUGGAAGGUUCCAGAAUCUCUCAUGAAUGUAGCUGGUGAGGAAAAGAGCUGAGUUGGAGUUGGAGGCAGACAAAAAGGAGGACUCCCAGAGCUUGGGAUCCAACUGUCCCUCCCGGCUGACUGGUCUUCGCUGAAACCCUCUACUCUGAACCUCAGUUUCCUUUUCUGUUACAUAAACACACUGAGUGCCACUUAACAGGGCUAGGGGUGGAUGAGAUCACAAAUAAGCAAAUGCCUUCCUGUGUGACCCAGGGUGAGAACUCAAUAAAGAUAAAUGUGUUCACAGA